AUGCACCCGCCGGUCAGAAAUCGGCGAGCAUGUGAGCGCGAGCUCAUUGCAUUCGUUCACGUCCUUGGUCUAUACCAUGGCAAACGUAGGCCCCAGCGGGAACACCUACGGGGCAAAAGCGUCGGCAUGAGGAAGAUCACGCCCAUCAAAAGCGUAACAAGCCACAGCGCGGCCGGGGCCAUGGACGCGGAGGCCGAGGUGGUCACGGCGGACGACGCAACUACGCUGCUGGCCAAAAAGUACUGGGCUGGUGACAAAGUUCAGGCUUACAAUGUCGAAGUUGUCCAGCAACUCUUCAACGACACGCUGCGCCAGCGCAACUUCAGCAAUGCCAAGAUUUCUAUUCUGGAGAAUAGUGGAUUCUUGGAGCGCUAUCUGUGGCCCAACUUUGAUGCCACUGCACCUCGCGAGGUCGUCAUUUCAAUCCUUUUGAUGAUCAACGAAAAGUAUCUCGAAGGACAGGAUGCUCUGGCCUGCAUUGAACGCACCCACCCAGAGCGCUUUGCUGCCCUGGUCGAUCAGGCUUUGACCAUUGCCCUUGAAGACGCCACAGCUGCGACUGACAAGGCUACCAUCCGGGAACAGACGACCGCUGUCAUUUUUCUUAUUCGCUGCUUCCAAAGCCUGGAAAAAGAGCUGGUCCGCAAGCAAGUGCAACCUCUGGUGGGCCUUGGCACUUGGCGCAAUCUCCUGCCCAGCCGACGUGAGCAGGCCUUUGAACAGCAUCCUCGGCUCAAAAAGGGCUGGAAGGCCAUUCACAAGAAACGCGCCAAGCUCCCGGCAGAUGAACAGGCUGCGCUGAAGGAGAAGGAAUACUUUUUUGGUCGCCUCAUUGCCAAGUUUCUUGACAUGGUGGACACCUUGGAUGCCACCCGCAAAACACCCCAGCUGCAGUUUUGCGAGCGCACCCUCGAGUUGCUCGUGGACGUCGAAGCCCUCUUGACCUCGCGACGCUACCUCAACACGGUGGUACAGCACCUCAACGUGGUGACACGCUGCGAGACGGCGCCGAUUGCCACCGCCACCGUCGGUAACCUCUUUGGGCAGCUCUUGCAGAUGCUCAAGUUCUACGUCAACUUUGAGAUUGAUGAUUUGAGUGGCGAACAACUCUCCGAGGAUACCAUGACAGACAUUCAUUAUGCGCAUGUCAAAAAACUGCAGACCGUGGCCUACCGUCAUUACGAAGAGCUUCGCGAACUGGCUUUGCGCAACGUCAGCAGCAUUGAUACGCGCGAGACCUUUGUUGCGUACAUGGACCAGCUUUCCGAUGAACGCCUCCGCGAGCUGUGCGCUUCGCUGGCUCUCAUUGCUGACCCCACCGCAGCUGGCAGCGCUGACGACGAGGAGUGCCCUGCUAUGCGCCUCAACAGCACCGCCGGCCUACCUCGCGAACGUCUUUUGCAGGUGCUGGCUGACCGUUACCAGCGCCGCUAUUCGCAGCUCGAAUCGAUCAACGAGAUGUCACUCUUUCCUACGGAACAGACCAUCUGGGACACGGAUAUUGUACCCGACGAGCUCUACGUGGACGCCUGUCUGGCCCUUCCCAAGCUGCAUUUGCAGUUUUUGACUCUCUUUGACUAUCUGCUGCGAAACUUGAAUCUUUUCAACAUGGAAUCGAUUUACGAGAUUCGCAUGGAUCUGGAGGAUCAUCUGCCUCGCCUGCAACCCUAUCUGGGCGCCUAUGAUGAAGUCAAGUUUGCUGGAUGGUCCAAGAUGGCACAUCCCAUCGAUGACUUUCGGGUCGUGGCCGUUGCGCAACCCCGCGUGGGCGAAAGUCACCCGGCCACCGUCCGAGCUGACGUCGUGCUCAAACUCGACUCUGUGCGCGACUCUAUCCGCCAAGAAUGGGAGGCGCUCCGCCGCCACGAUGUUGGCUUCUUGUAUGGUGUAGUGGCUGUGCGUGGUUGCGAGGUGGAAGGCAUGUUGGAUGCUCAGGGUCAGCUGAUUGAUGAGUAUGCCGACAAAGCACCCACCCUCUCCAAGUCUCGCGAGCGCACUUUCCGCCUCCUUCUGGACCCCAAUCAGUAUCAACAGGACAUUGAAGCCUCCAUGCAUGGCGAGGGCUACGACGUGUACUCCACGUUCAACGUCUUUGUGCGUCGCAACUCCAAGGAGAACAAUUUCAAAGCCGUUCUGGAGACCAUUCGCAGUCUCAUGAAUGCGCAGACCGUGGUACCUGACUGGCUGCAUGACAUCUUCUUGGGAUACGGCGAUCCGGGCGCCGCGCAUUACAGCAAAAUGCCCGAUCAAGCCAAGGAUGUGGACUUUUACGAUACGUUUGUGGAUGCCGAGCAUCUCCGCGAGUCUUUCCCCAACCACGCAGUUCAGUUUCCCGAAGGUGCCGAGGCUGCGCCCCCGCCCUACAAAGUUGCCUUUGAAGAGCCUGCUGAGGACAAGGGCAAGGACGCCAAUGCCCGUGCCUUGGUCAAGCCUUACACGACAGAAAUGCGCGGGCCCUAUCCUCAGAACGUGCCGCGCCGCAAUGCUAUUCGCUUCACACCCACGCAGACGGAGGCCAUCCGGUCAGGCAUCCAACAUGGUCUGACGGUGGUGGUGGGACCGCCCGGUACUGGUAAAACGGAUGUUGCGGUGCAGAUUAUCAACAACCUUUAUCACGCCCACCCCGAGCAGCGCACUUUAAUUGUGACGCAUUCGAAUCAGGCUCUGAACCAGCUUUUUGAAAAAAUCAUGGCUUUGGACAUUCAGGAAAAGCAUCUCCUGCGCCUCGGUCGCGGCGAGGAGCAGCUGAACACGACCAAGGAUUUUACACGGUAUGGUCGUGUCAACUUUAUUUUGGGACACCGCAUGGAGCUACUGUCGGAGGUCAAGCGUCUGUCCGAGACUCUGGAAGACAUUUCAGCGCAGCUCGAGUACACAUGCGAAACGGCUGGCCACUUUUACAUCUAUCACGUAGAGCCGCGGUGGAAAAAGUAUUGGGCAGCUCUGCCGGCCGAUGAUUCCCAGGCCACGGCUGAGGACUUGCAACGUUUGGCUGCGACCUUCCCCUUCCACGCCUUUUUCGCCAAUGCGCAGCAGCCUCUGUUCGCAGGUCAAUCGUACGCGCAAGAUGUGGAGAUGGCGCGCGGGUGCCAACACUACAUUGAUGACAUCUUCAACACCCUGAGUGAAUAUCGCGCCUUUGAGCUUUUGCACAAGAACAAGGAUCGCACGCGCUACCUCAUGGUCAAGGAGGCCCGCAUCAUCGCCAUGACGUGUACCUACGCCGCGCUAAUGCGCGAGGAUCUGGCCAGCUACGGCUUUCGCUACGACAACAUCGUGAUGGAAGAGUCUGCCCAAAUCCUUGAAGUGGAGACGUUCAUCCCGCUGGUUUUGCAAAACCCGCAGGAUGGACGCAAUCUACUAAAGCGUGUCACGCUCAUUGGUGAUCACAACCAGCUUCCUCCCGUCAUUCGCAACCCGGCCUUCAAGAAGUUUUGCAAUCUCGAGCAGUCCAUGUUUACACGCUUUGUGCGCUUGGGUGUGCCCCACGUACAACUCGAUGCCCAGGGCCGUAUGCGCCCAUCCAUGGCCGAUCUUUACCGUUGGAACUACACCAAUCUCAACGAUCUGCCCCACAUUGGUGCGCGCCCCGAGUUUGCGGUGGCCAACCCUGGCUUCCGCUACGAGUACCAGCUCAUCGACGUUGGCGACUAUCAAGGCAAGGGUGAGAUGGUCCCCUCACCCCACUUUAUCCAGAACCUGGGCGAGGCCGAAUACGUGGUGGCCACGUACAUGUACAUGCGCCUUUUGGGCUACCCGGCCGAGCGUAUCACGAUUCUGACCACGUACAACGGUCAGAAGGAGCUGAUUCGCGAUGUUGUGCGUGCACGAUGCUUGUCUCACCCCCUCUUUGGAAGUCCAGCCGUGAUCGAAACGGUCGACAAGUACCAGGGCUCACAAAAUGACUACGUGCUGCUUUCGCUCGUCCGCACCCGGCAUGCGGGUUUCUUGCGCGAUGUUCGUCGCCUCAUCGUCGCUCUGUCGCGUGCGCGCCUCGGCCUGUACAUUUUCGCUCGCGUGGCAUUGUUUGACAAAGUGCCGGAGCUGGAGCACGUCUUUAACCUCCUGAAAGAGCGCCCCACCACCAUGCAGCUCUAUCCCAAUGAGUCGUACACGGAAACACUCCGGCCGGUGGAUCAGGCUUCAGAGGAAGAGGCCGUGGUAGAAGUGACCAACAUGGAGCACAUGGCGCAGAGCGUCUACAGCAUGGCCGUGGAGCGUUUGCGGGAAGUCAACCAGGGCGCGCAGGAGCAAGUACAUCCUGGCAAUCAGGAUGAGGCUGAAGUGACUGGGGACAAUGACGACGCCGAGGUGAAGGAGAGUGAGGCUAUGGACCAGGACGCUGAUGGUGCUGAAGAACAAGCCAAUGGUGUCAGUGACGCCAAGGCUGCCCCCAUGGAAACGGCAGCGGAGCCAGAUGAAGAGGCUCAGCCUGCCGAGGAGCCUGCGCCGGUAGCUUCCGAGUCGUCAGCUUCUGCUUCCGACAACGAGACACUGACAGAAGAGGAUGUCAAGAAGAUGAAGGUUGCCGAACUCAAGGAGGCAUUGCAAGCACGACAAAUUGCGUUUGACUCAAAGGAUCGAAAGGCGGAACUUCAGGAGCAUCUGCUGAAGGCCAUUUCUUCCUAGUUGAUUAGCCAUACAGCGAUCGGCACUUGCCGGUGACAAGCCAAAUUUAACAAACGAUGCCACUG